AUGUCAAGGGUACCUGAGCCACUUACUAUUGGGAGAGUUAUAGGAGAGGUGGUGGACAAUUUCUCCCCAAGUGUCAAAAUGACAGUAACUUACAACUCCAACAAGCAAGUUGCCAAUGGCCAUGAGCUCAUGCCUGCGGUCAUUACUGCGAGACCUCGGGUUGAGAUUGGCGGCGAGGACAUGAGAGCUGCUUACACGUUAAUCAUGACCGAUCCUGAUGCUCCAAGCCCUAGUGAUCCGUACUUGAGAGAACAUUUGCACUGGAUGGUUACCGACAUUCCCGGUACCACUGAUGCUUCUUUUGGGAGGGAAGUUGCUAGCUACGAGACUCCAAAGCCAACAGUAGGCAUCCAUAGAUAUGUGUUCAUACUGUUCAAACAGAGAGGAAGACAAACAGUGAGGCCACCAUCUUCCAGGGAUUACUUCAACACCAGGAGGUUUUCAGCCGAGAAUGGUUUGGGACUCCCAGUUGCUGCAGUGUACUUCAAUGCCCAGAGAGAAACUGCUGCAAGAAGAAGAUGA